AUGCCGACACCUCAACAAGUCAUCCUCGAUAACCCUCGUCGGAAAUAUGCGACCUUAUCAUUAUUGGUGGCUGGGAUACAGGCACAGGUCGAUAUCGCCCUCGAUGCGGUCAAAGAGAGGCUUGAAGGUGGCAAUCCUGGAAAAACAAACCCACGAUCUCAUUCAGGGUGGCAGUUUGAGACCUUGCAAAACUGGGGUGGGAACCUGGAUUGCAAUCAAUACCGACUGGUCAUACAGGUCGCUCUGAGCGCCUGCCCAGAGGUAAUAUGCAUCGGCCAUGAUGUGUCUCAUCACUGCAUUUUCGAGAAGACAAGAGAUCCCUUCGGUGAGAAUAUUGGAUACUCUAAUCCUACCGACGAUCCACACCUCCGUCGCUAUCCUACCAGCGGCAAAAAUAGUCACUUCCUCGACUCGAGGUCGCAAGACAUCAAUGAGGACCUUGAGGAUAGUCUGACACUUGGUUUGAGGAAGAUGUCUGCCUCUCCCUCACCCUCCCCUCCCCUUUGGUUGGACAAUCCGGCUGCGAGAUGA